AUGUUCAGAACAUUUUAUAGAAAACAAUUAGCCACUCAGGUCGGAGGAUUUGCAAGAUCAUUUGCUAAAUUCGAUAGAACCUUAGAGCAUUUGAAUGUAGGAACCAUCGGCCACAUCGAUCACGGUAAAACAACCCUGACAGCAGCCAUUACUAAGUAUUUGAGCUCAACAGGAGGCACAUCCUUCCAUGACUACAGUGAAAUUGACAAGGCUCCAGAAGAGAGGUCCAGAGGUAUCACGAUCAACUCUACGACCAUCGAGUACAGCUCGGAGAGCAGACAUUACGGCCACGUUGAUUGUCCAGGACAUGCUGAUUACGUUAAAAACAUGAUUACUGGAGCAGCCAGAAUGGACGGAGGUAUUCUUGUUGUAUCCGCCACUGACGGAGCAAUGCCACAAACCAGAGAGCACAUUCUCUUGUGCAGGCAGGUCGGAGUCAAGAACAUCAUUAUUUUCCUGAACAAAUGCGACCAGAUGGAUGACGAAGAAAUGCACGAAUUGGUAGAAAUGGAGGUGAGAGAGCUUCUUGAGGAUUACGAAUACUCUGACGAUGUUCCAUUAAUUAAGGGAUCAGCUUUGCUUGCUCUUGAAGGCAAAGAUGACAACGGUCUUGGCACUUCUGCAAUUCAAGAACUCAUUAGUACUAUGGACUCUUACUUUGAAGCUCCAACUAGACCAAUCGACAAAGACUUCUUCAUGUCUGUAGAGUCUUCCUUCAACAUUCCAGGAAGAGGAACUGUUGCCACAGGAACCAUUGAUCAGGGAAUUUGCAAGAUUGGAGAUGAUGUCCACUUGAUUGGAAUUGAUAGAAAGCCAGUUGCCACAACUAUUGUUGGAGUUGAGUCUUUCAAAAAGACUCUUGAUAGAGGAGAAGCUGGUGAUAACGUAGGAGUGUUGCUUAGAGGACUCAACAGAGAAGAUGUUCUGAGAGGAGCUGCUCUUGUUAAGCCAGGUAAAUUCACAGUCAACAGGAACUUCAAUGCUGAAAUCUACGUAUUGAACACAGAUGAGGGAGGUAGGAACAAGCCAUUCUUCAGCGGAUACAGACCUCAAUGCUUCAUCAGAACCGCAGACAUGGCUUGUGCAGUCACUCUUCCAGAGUCGGCUGCCAUGGCUAUGCCAGGAGAUAACUUGUCUGUAGCCCUCAAGUUAGAUAGGCCCCUUGCAAUUGAGAAAGGAAACAGGUUUGCCCUCAGAGAAGGAGGAAGAACUGUAGCAUCAGGAGUUAUAACAGAGGUUGUUCCAGAUCAAGAAGAAGAUAUGUAA